AUGGAGCCUGGUCUCACCCAGGCCUUAACACUGACCUGGCCUUUGCAGAGUGGUGGGUAUGAUCUCAACCUCUUUACCAGCCCUCCUGACUACAACUUCCUGUGUUCCGUCUGCCAUGGGGUUCUCAAGAAGCCAAUGAGGUUGCCAUGCAGUCAUAUCUUCUGCAAAAAGUGCAUCUUCCAGUGGCUAGCCAGACAAAACACCUGUCCAUGCUGUAGACAAGAGGUGAAAAGAAGAAAGAUGGUCCAAGUGAAUAAACUCCGGAAAACCAUUGGCCGCCUACAAGUCAAGUGCAAGAAUGCUGCAGCUGGCUGCUUGGUGACAUGCCCUCUGGCUCAUCGCAAGAGUCACCAAAACUCAUGCCCCUUUGAGCUGAUGUCCUGCCCCAAUGAGGGCUGCACUGCACGGAUUCUGCGUGGGGUCCUAGAUGAACACCAGCAGCAUUGCCAGCAGGAUGGGCAGCAGCGCUGCCCGUUAGGCUGUGGAGCCACUUUGGCUGCCUCCGAGGGUGAGCAACACAACUGCUACCGUGAGCUACGUGAUGCUUGGGUACAGCGCCACGAGCGCAACCGGACCCUGCUACUGAGCCUGCUGAGGCAUGUGCGCCGGGUGAACCGCACCACCAACUUCAUCCGCCGGCAGCUGGCACAGCUGGGCGACUUCCUGGAGGAUGACUCCCUGCUUCUGAGUUCCAGGGCACAGGAAACUGAGGUUGCCCCGGAGGCUGAGAUGUGGGGUGUGCAGGGCCAAGGUGUCUUAUAA